GGCUUUUGCGAGCUCGACUCCACGGGUGGCCCGCGUUUGUGUCAAGGGAGGGUAGAAGAUAAGUGGUUUGUGGUAAAGUGUUUGAAGUCGGACAUCACUUCCGUUCCUGCCAUUUUGCUGCUGAAUUCGAAGGCAAGCGCUGUAGCUGCGGCUUCUUGUCUGGGGACAUCCCUUAUUUUGUCAUAACGGUACUCUCUGCAAGCAAAUAAAUAAAUAAUACAAUUAUAAUCAAGGAACUUUCACCCAGGGAUAACAUUUCUGCAGAAUGUCAGAUUUCGACAGCAACCCGUUUGCAGACCCGGACUUUAGCAACCCCUUUCAGGAUCCCUCUGUGACACAGGUAACACGAAAUGCCCCCCCAGGAUUGGAAGAAUACAACCCUUUCACAGACACAAAACCAGCACCCCCCGGUGCUGCCCCCAAAGUAACCCCCACCAGCAACACACAGCCUGCCAUAAUGAAGCCCACAGAAGAGCCUCCAGCCUACUCGCAGCAGCAGACACAGGACCAGGCCCGGGCCCAGGCGGAACUCAUGAAGCGUCAGGAGGAGCUGGAGAAGAAGGCCGCAGAGCUCGACCGGCGGGAGCGGGAGAUGCAGUCGCUCGGGGCGUCAGGAAGGAAAAACAACUGGCCGCCUCUUCCGGAGAAGUUCCCGGUCGGGCCCUGCUUCUACCACGAUAUCGCCGUAGACAUACCGGUGGAGUUUCAGAAGACCGUGAAAAUCAUGUAUUAUCUGUGGAUGUUCCACACGGGGACGCUGUUUGCGAAUAUCUUUGGCUGCCUGGCCUGGUUCUGUGUGGACCCAACAAGAGGAGUGGACUUCGGCCUGGCCAUGCUGUGGUUCAUGCUCUUCACCCCCUGCUCCUUUGUCUGCUGGUACAGACCCCUGUAUGGAGCCUUCAGGAGUGACAGCUCCUUCAGAUUCUUUGUCUUCUUCUUCAUAUACAUCUGCCAGUUUGGCGUGCACGUGCUGCAGGCCAUCGGCAUCGCCGGCUGGGGGGCGUGCGGCUGGAUUUCGGCGCUCACGGGACUGAACACGAGCGUUCCGGUGGGAAUAAUGAUGAUCCUCAUCGCAGCGCUGUUCACCGCGUCCGCCGUCAUCUCGCUCAUCAUGUUCAAGAAGGUGCACGGGCUGUAUCGCACCACGGGCGCCAGCUUCGAGAAGGCCCAGCAGGAGUUCGCCACCGGCGUCAUGUCCAACAAAACGGUGCAGACGGCCGCAGCCAACGCAGCCUCCACUGCUGCCCGGGGAGCCUUCAAGGGAGAGCAAAUCUGAGCCGCCCGAGACGCACCGUCGCCACCCCCACCCCCCAACCCCACCCAACCGCACUCAUCGCCCCGCCCCCUCACAGUCACCCUCCGCCCUCCUGUCCAGUGCGGAGACUAGACUCUGCCUCUUUUUUAUGCACUCCAGUGACUGUGACUCCGCCCCUUUCACACGACUCCGCAUGUCUUUUAACCUGUCCUUUAACGUGUGUGCAUGGGCUGAAAGCUGGAUGAUCGGAAAGCUUGUCACUUUCAGUCGCGUCCUCCAGUACCUCCGGGCUGCUGUCGGGGCUCUCUGGCAGGAACGAGGCAGCCGGGAGAGGGACCCGCUGCUGAAACGGAGGGCUGCGUUAGCCCUCUGAGUGCGGGACGGGUAGUUAGGCCAGAGAGGACCCACAGAAGUCCCACCACUGUCCUCUGUCCUUCCUUUAAUGUCUCCCCUGUCCUCCAUCCGGUUAUUGUCCGUUACACGUGCUGGAGACGUCCCCCCUAUGUUCCUGUCAGCCGUCUCUAGUCCUGUGGAGUAUCACUCUGUUCCCUCUUGUCUUGCUGAAAUCACUCCCCUCUUUAGAAAUAGUAUGAUACCGUUUAUUUUGGGUAACCAUUCCCUUAGAGACCAAUGGCUGGCUGAAAUAUUUUUUUAAUAGUUUCCAUUGAAAAAUAUAACGACAAAUAAAUGAAAUCCCAUGAUGCAUCGUGCUGAAUGAAUGAAUGGCACGCUGUUUAUAUUGUAGAUGCAUCUGUGUUAUUUAAUUUAAAAGCUCUGUUGCGGUAUGUGUAAUAUUUAUGCUUCUGGCACUAGCUUGCUGCAGUCAGCCCCGAGAAUUAACACUGGAAAUUACAAACGGUAAAAUGCCUUCAGUGACCGCCUUAAGAUGAACACAGCUGCGCUGAAGCAGUUCCAGACCUGCUGACACAGCGUACCACGUGCACGGCCUGAGGUCAACAUAUGCAGGCAUGUUACCAUGCAAGAAACUGCACUAUAAAGCUUGAAGUUUGGUCCUUUAUUAUCUCCGUUUUUAGCUAUGUCCAGGAUGCUACGGGGGGGGGGGGGAAAUCCACAGGAGUGCGAGGCCCGGGCGCAUGGAAUAGCCACAGACGUUUGAAGUAAACCACAUUCCCUGCAAAACCGUCUGUUGUCUGAAAUUGUUUCCAUAGCUUAUAAAAGUAUAGACAUGCAGAGUUUGUUUAAUGAGGUGUCAGAAAAUCGCAUGAACAUUCCAACCACCCUCAUGGUUGAAAAAAAAUGUAAUUGUUCUGUGAAUUGAUACAUAUUGGCAAAUUUACCUAUAGCUGUAAUAGUAAGACAGUAAUAGCUGUGAAGCUAUAAUGUUUAUUUGUUUAUCUGACCGAGAAGGUCCUUUCCCCCUCAUUAUAUCAAGGAUGCAUCUGCAGCCACACAUUUCAUUGAGUUCAUCUACUUGAAUACAGCCAUUACUGAUGAAAGCUACAGUGUGCACCAUGAAGCACGUUUACUCCUGCAACCGAAUCAGGAGUGUCAGGUUAAAGCAUUUUUGAGCCAUGUGUGUUUCCCUGCUCUCGGUUCACUCUGUGGGAUGCAGACAGGCAUCGAGGCGGAGAGCACACUGCUCUGCCAUUAACCUGGAAUCUGAAGGGUGCAUCUAAGGCAGCAAGGUAAUCAAAUCUUGGAAUGCUCUGCCACACUUGCAGGCUAUGUUCUGGUGUCUGUUUCAGAUGGUCUAAAAGAGCCUGGAUUACAAUAACACUUCCCUGCCUGAAUGAGAGUUGUUUCCCUAAAUAAUUUCUGUGGUCCUUUUUGAUCUCUUUUCCAUCAUACCACUCCUACAUUACCCCUUCACUCCUACAUACCACUUCUGCAAUCAAUUGUUAGAUUUGAAUGGUGUCAAAGCACUCCUUCAGAUCUGACAACUCUUGCCUUCAACAGACUGGUUUUUUGCAUAUUAUUUUUCUUACCCCAAUGGGAUAAUUCCAUGGGAGGAAAUGUACACCACUGUGCAAAAUGACAAACCCUAGCUCAGAGUAAAUGGGCCAAAUGUAUGGAAAUGACUCUACAGUUGUGACAGGUCUGUAGUUCUCUGGGCUUUGCUUCAUCCUCUUAUUGUACACAGUUCAUACGUACUCUGAUCUACAGACAGCCCAUAAAUAGGCCACACCCCCAUGUUUGGGGAAAACAGUCUGUUACACUGCAUAGAGUUAGCAUUGGCAAUCUGGAUUGUUGUGUGGUGAGCUGUACAAAUAAUGAAGCCAAGUUAAGUUUUGUGUCCUCCUGUGCAAAAAGACAGAGCCAAAGUGGAUUUGGGGCAUUGGACGUGAGGGGAAAGGAGGAAAACUAUGGGAUCCUGAAUCAAGGUACAUCUAUAUUUGUAGUGAGUUAGCCAUUUUUUCACCAGCAAGUACUUAUAACUUAAUUUAAUUAGCUGCAAGAGGCGGUGUCAGAAAUGGUCAUUUAUAUGUGUGUUUCAUUUGCUUUAGUAUGUGAUGUGACAUGUAACUAGAUAGCAAGGUUACAUGUCUCAUCAAGUCCUAUAGAAACAAUGUUAGCUAGCUAGCUAUCAUUUUUAUGAUAGCUGCUUUUAACGUAAGCAUCUUCACUUCAGCUAGCUAGCUUGCUCACCAUCUGCAGACUUAACUAAUGUUAUGGUGAGCAAGCUCGCUAGUUGAAGUGCAGAUGAUAACGUAAGUUGAAAGCAGCUAGCUAUCAUAAGUUGUUUCUUUCGGGUGUGAUGUGACAUGCAUCACUGCUAUCUAGUUACAUAUCACCUCACAUCCUCAAGAAACAAAUAUACAAAUGAUCAUUUCUGACACAGCCUCUUAUAGCUAAUGAAAGUUAUAAAUACUUACUAGUGACAAAUUUCCUAACUUUCUACAAAAAUAGAUGUGCCUUGAUUCAGGAUCCCAAAGUUUUCCUCUUUUCUGCUCACUUUCAAUUUCCUGAAUCUGCCUUUUUCUCCCCAUUGGCUUGUUCCUUUUGCACGAGAGCACAAAAACCUUCAGAUAUGGGUUCUUAGCCUUGUUUGUAUGACAACCUUUUGGCAUUUUCACAAUCUUGAAAAUACACCUACUGCUAAUAACUCUAUGGAGGGCAACAGAUUUUUUCCCCCCUAUUGUGGGCGUGCCUUUAUUGUGUGACACUGUGGUCAGUUGUAUUUCUGAUUAAAGAUUAGCCGUAGAAGCAGAAGUCAAAGGAAACUAAAUGACCACUUUCUCAAUGUGCUGACUCUGCUUUGUCAGUUCAUCCUGUUAACUGAUGUUUCCUGGGUGUCAGAGAGACACUGUGGUUGUUUGAGUGUGGAGUUUCUCUCCUGUCAUUCCUCAUUUACCUCUCAUCACCUCAAACUCCACUGCCCCCCCCCCCCCAUCCCCCCCAUUCACCCACUACUUGUUCUGACUGGCUGUCCCAUGUGUCAGUCAGUGUGUCUGUGGUCAUUACACUGAUAUGUGAAUGUGUGAUUAUGAGUGUCUAUCACUUAAACUUUGUGAAAAAAAAUGCUUAAGUGAAAUAAGCAACGGUUUUCAAAAAAUACAAAAUAAAUUCAAGAAUCAAACAGCUCUUUGAAUGGAAGCAUAGAUGUGUCCCCUAAUCAAAUUCUGCUUCCAGGUGUCAUCCCUUGUUUGUUGUGUUGAUAGGUGGUUUGAUGAGAUAAUUGGUCCUUGGCCUCCAGAAUGUGUAUGUACCCUUUUGAAAAAGUGCAAAUGAUAUGAUUGAUUCUGUGAAUAUGAAGCAUAUUCCAGCCUUUUUCUUAGUGAAAACAAACUCAAAUAGGUAUUUCAACCAGUAAUACUCAGGAUAUAUGUUGGAUUCAUGAAAAUUUGUCUCACAAGAUCACCUGAAUUUUUUGGCUUAUUCACUGGGAUGAGAAUGGAAGGCGAGUGAAAUACGAAUUCAGAUGGAAAACAAAAGCAUAGAGACAGAAACUGCCGGCACCUUAAAACCCACAAAUUCAUUCUCGUUAACUACUGGUUAAAACAGAAAAUCAGUAAGGUUACAUUUUCAAAGGGUUUUGAUUUAUUGCUUAUUUAAUAUUUUGUAAACAUGAAUAUCAUGUCUCGAAUCACAGUCAGAGGUGAGUUUGUUUUAUUUAAUGUAUUUAUUUUUUUGUAUGUAUUUUACAUGUGUUAUCUACUUUUGUUUUGAUCUUGUUUUGGUUAGUUUCUGUUCAAGAUCCGAAUAUGAUUGAAUUCAGAAGGCUGAAAUGAAUUACAGCCUUGUCGAUUGAUGUGAUUUGAUUUAGUUUGUGUUUUUGUUUCUCUUCCGUGUUUUAAUUGCAUGGUCUGUAAUUUUAAAUUCUCCAUACAUUUCACCAGGUCAGUGUUUUUGCAUUCUGCUCCAAUAUGGUAGUAUAUCAAAGCCACAAUGAUUUAAAAUUCUGGAUGGCAAGUUAGUACACAGUCUUUCUGUACAGUGUCAUUGGCACAACAAUGUAAUUUAAAUAUGUUAAUACAGUAAAUAUCACUCAUCAAAGGUGAUUGAGGCCUAGCAGAUAGUCUACUUCCUUGUGUGUCUUUCUAAAGUAUGUGUUUAACCAGUGAAGCAAGAUUGUAAAUUAUCUUGUUAAUUUAUGGGGGAAAAAUUCAGGAUGUUGUUCUGGUUAUCUUUUUUAUUUUACUAAAUUGUGCGUGUUUUUUUAGCUAGAGCUUUUUCCUUUCUUUUUGUGGUUUGGGUGUGUGCAUACGCAAGAGUGUGUGCGUGCUGAGCUUCUUUAUGAGUUCCUUUUUUAAUAAAUUCAAGCAAAUGGCACACAAAUGUUCCAAUUAAAAUAUUUUUUUUUUCGAGUUUAUUUGAUGUUAUUUCAUUUGAUAAUACGCAGUUCAAAUUGGGAAUUUGAGAAAGCAAGUCCGCUAGCGCCAUUUGACUUUUCUUCGUGUUUUGCAGUGGACUGUGGCUUUAAGUAUCACUUUUUAAUCGAUGACACGAGUAUAGAGUUGAAACACUGAAAAGAAGACGUCAAGUGGUCACAAGGAAGUCUGUGAUUAUGGAUUUGAAUGAAUUUAAAAUGGACUAAGGGAUAUUUGUAUAUUUUGUAAAAUUGACAAUUGGUUUGCCAUUGUCCUGAAUUUCAUUGUACUGUACAAAUGCACUCUUGUCUCUCCCUGUUGCAUGUUGAGUAGUUUGAAUUUUGUAUAUUUAUUGUAUUAACACAAAAUAAAAUUUAAAAAACCAACUGG